AUUCAUCUGAUGAUCUCUUAGCAACUUUCUCUCAGGCGGAGGAGCUCGAGCGAGAGCUGGCGGGACGCGGGCCGCAAGGAUCUCGAGGGUGCACCGAUCUCGAUCGCCUCUACAAACAGAUUCAAUCUUUCAUCUCUCCUGAGUUUCUCUCGUUCGUGCAUUCGAGCAGUCGUUCUUCGUUAGAGGAUUGAUCGGAUGUACUCUAGGUUGUGGGCAUAAGCGCUCGGACUGUUAGGUUCGGGGUCACUAGAAUGGAAUUCGUCACGAGGUGUGGGAGUGAAAGCAUGGUAGUCGCCUUCAGUGUUUAUCAUGGAAUGGCUUUCAGGUUUCAUGCUUGUGUAUGUAGUGACCGAGGAUGGGAACCAAGGAGCAUGGAAAUGUUUCGGAGAUAUGCUGGAGGAUGAGUUUGAAGACAUGGCAUGGAGGAAGUGAGUCCGAUGUCUCGAUAUUUCCAAACUUUGUUGACGGUCAUAGAUGGGUCAUAGAUCGGCUUUCAGUUAAAGCUUUCGGUGAGUGGAUGAUUACAAUUGGUGUUCUUGCGGGUACCUUUUGUGAUGCAUUUGUCUGCCAUGACGGAGGAGGUGUACGUGGAAGGUGGAUGGUGUUAUCGUUUCCUCUGCAGGAAGAGACCAAGAACUGAGAAGUGUAGGACCUAUGGAGUCAUGUAUCGCACGAAGCUUGCAGACCAAGUACAGAGAUCGCGCAGUGUGGACGGUAGUUACUCAGCUACCUGUUGUGGUCGGAGGUUACUAUUUGUAUGAUGUAAUUGCAGCACCCCAGAUUUCCAAUCAUCCCCCAAACUUACACUUGUGCGAGAUGAGCAGAAUUCGCACAGGUAGGAAGUCAAAUCCACAACUUACAACCCGGGCUUUAUUUUGGUCAUCGUUGGCUUCGGAGAAGUAAUGACUGUGAUGUUGGAUGGUGGCUAGCGUUUCACCAUUCUCUUUAACCUGUUGCAUCAUUCGGGUGUACACUACAGAUCACGCCUUACCCCUUUUGGACCAAAUUCUGAGGCCAUCUUCCGAACAGCAGAUCAGCUGAACCCUGACUGGGCCUGGCGCUUCUCGGAGCGAUGGCAUCGCGAGCCAAGGGAUGAUACUACCUCAUGAUUUCUAUCAGGGUGUUUUUUAUACAUUUAUGCUGUACUUUUUCCAGUCUCAUACAUCACUUGGUUGUGAUCAAUGGAGGGCACGUGCCAUUCCAAAGGAGUUCCCCGAAGGUCACAGUGGAAAAGUUUUUGCAGGUCGCAACAUUGCCACUUGCCAGGUCUGUUGCGGCAUAUGCUGCAACGAGGCUGAGCUUGUUGUCGACGUGUCAUCACCAUCGGUGGUCGAACAAAGACUCUAGCACCUUGGCCAAACAUAGUUUGAAUGCUUUGGGCGCUCACCACUGCUUUUCAAGAACACCAUCUUGCUGGAGUGCGGAGCAGUCGGAGAAGACGAAGACGAGCUUAAACUGGAAACAGUAAAAAACUUCAGCAGCUUCACAGCUCAACAGGAGUGGAGGUAGAUGACUUCGUGUCAGAAGAAGACCAUCUCAGUUUGUUGCAACAUGAGUUGCAAGCAGAACUGGUUUGGUGUCUCACCAACUCAAUCCAUAAAAAUCUGUAGAGGAUCAGUUUAGCGUGCUGUCUGAGUAAACUUGCUCAGUCAGCAGUCGUGGAACGACCUCUUGACAGAGACUUUUUGUGUCAUCAUUUCUUGUGAGUUCUCUGGCAUGCAUCACCAUGCGUCUCUGCAGGUGAUGGGCGGUCUUCCGAUCUCUCAACAAGCUCACCAGCUUUGGGUGUUGUAAUCGGGCUGACAGAGGAUUGCUGCUCUUCAACGAUCUUCGCUUCCUGUUGCACCAGUCUGAUCCUCUUUUAAAUUUAUUUGAAGGAUUGUGCCAGUUACCUCGAAGUAUGCAAAUCUCUGCCAUUUUCCAAGGCCUUAGCACCCCUUACAAGCCGUACACUUCCUUACAUGACGGCCUCGUUUGGGGGGAUUGAUGUGGAGAGUUGGUUUUUAACGAUUGCCUUUGAGUAAGCUGCUCGAACAUCUGGAGUAUGAAGAUGGUCAACUCCCGCCUUCUAGGAUGUAGAAGGGCUGGAAAGUUGGCCUGCGGUCCAAUAAGCUGGAGGCGAGUAUCUUGCCCAGAUUGAUACUGUUGCCUGAAUGUUUACGUUGAACAAUGGAGUAGGAUUGUUCCUGUGAAGCAGGCGCUGGAUUGGGUUCGGCUGAUACUGUGGAGAAACCCCAGCCGCACCAGAUGUUUCUCACUGUGAACCGGCUGGAAAGGGAUGUUGAAGGUGGGUUAAUAACACGCGAAAGAGUGGUGGGCAGAUGAGGAUUAGAUUGUCGUGGGGUUGUGCAUGAUAUCAGUACGAGCAUUGGCAAUAAGGAAGAACAGUCUCAACUGAGCUUGGCUGAUCUGUUAUUUGACUUCUAUAUCUCCUAGGUGAUUUCGGAGGUAUGCUUGUGGGUGUGAAUGCCUCUGCCCUUUCCAAGCAUGUCGCAAAGAUUUGGGCUUUCUCGUUAUGUUCUUCAUUGCCGGUUUCGACCUCUGGAAGGUCUGCAACGUGGCAAGAAGAGAGGGUUCAUUACGAAGUCCAUCAUGAUGGGCAGGUAUGGGCUAUCUUCCGCUUCACAUUGUUGACAGUAUGCGUUUCUGGAUGGGGAAGUUUGGACGAGGAAUGUCGUUCAACUGUCGAACCUUUCGAGAUACUGGUUAUGAUGGUUGCCGUGUCCCCAGCCAUGCGAAAGUUGGAACCAUCUUGGAGACAACAUGCAGCAACCCGAAGGUCGAGGCGGAUGGAUGGUAGCUCUCGGAAUUGGGAGAUUUGAGAACGAUAACACUCGGGUCUCUCUAUGUCGGAGUUGUCUGGUAUGUGUGAAGGCAAGCUCCUUUCACAGAUAGCGUAAAUGGAGACUCUUGCAAGAAUCACAGAUCGAGAUAACGGGCUCAGGAGCUUGGUGGUCGCUCCGUUGGGAGAGUGCCGCCUUUGAAGGCAAACCCUGAAGUAGUGCGUGAGAGCGAUGAUCUAGAAAUCGCUUUGUUUGAAGCACAAGUGAGGUGAAUCUACUCACUUGUGAUUGGAUACUGUCAUGCUUGAGCCGUGCAUUCGAUUAUCUCAUAUUCGAUGAUCUCUGCUACCCUCUGGAUGCGGAAAUGGCUUCGUCUUUCACACUCUCUGUCUACCCAAUGUGCACUCAGCAUUUUGCGUGGAGGGAGGAGGUUAUGGCUUCAAUUGAUUAGACAGAAGUUGUGUAAGUGAUAACUUUAAUUUCUUGAACUCCUUGUCUUUUCCUUUUCGCAAGGUAAUAUGUAGAUCUAAAUGAUGUAAUCCAACAAACCUCGGCUUCCUGUUAUUGACAAAGUCGGCGUUUUUUCGUGUGCUUCCGAGACUCGUAUGGGGAGUGUCGUAGCAAGUGUAGUACUCAAGGCGAUACGGCGAGUUGCACCCAAGCUCACCAGCGCCGUCAUCAUCGAUUGCGGUCGGGAAGUGAAGACUUCGAUGAGGUUGUGCCACACAUUUAUUGUGGUUUGCAAUCACUACCGACGGAAGCUUGUCGUCUUUGUUUAUCGGUGUCCUCGGUUGUGCGGCCGAGUAUUGAGUAGUAGUGGGCAUGUUAGUAGUGGGAGACAAACAAUACGAUGUUGUUAGGAUUGUUCAGAGGAAUUUCGGCGUGGGCUUGGGAUCUGAGUUGAUACAUAAGCUGAUAGAAAGAUGGAAGAUUGCAUAAGUGAAGGUUAUGAUCUCAGAGAUAUUUCGUGGAAUCUAUCAACAUGAAGCUGUGGACGUAAUUCCUAUGGCAGAUAGGUGCGGGGAGGAGUAAAAUAAUUCCUGAUGUUCGUUAAAUCGUCUGGGCGACUUUUACAGCAAAACUAUUUCACUCUGUUCUUCUAAGGUUCGGAUACGACUCUUUGAGUUUCAGUAUCCUAGCAACUCAUCUUAGCAUCUCGCGCGGCCGGUAGGAGCAUAGUCUUGGGAAGACUUGGCCGGACGACGCUUGCGUUGACAUAGUAUGACGAGUGCUUUCUCAUCUCAAUGUUGCUGAAGUUUCUGAAUCGUACAUGAUAAUCUCAGAUCGUUGAGGAGAUGAUCAGUUUUGAAUGGCAGUGGAGGUAGUCUUUAAAUAGACUUCACGAUGUGCAGCUUAUCACCUUUAUCACUUAGAUAAAGUUAUAGUUAUUUUUUCGAAAAGUGAAGAAUGGAGUAUCUCAGUAUCCUGAGGAGUGCUUCAAGACAUCACUUGGACGAGAAAUCGGAGAUUUACUAUUGCAUCGCGGUGAUAUGUUGCCAGCACUCAAAUCCCGUAUCUCUGUUAUUGGCUUUUCAAUUAUUGGGGAAGCAGUUUUUGAUGAAGGUUUAUGCAGCUGGGGGCGGUGAAGCAGUGUAACUAGAAGGUCGUGCUUUGUGCUUUGAAGGAAAGCGGAUGGAAGCUGUGAUGUUUUCGGAAUGUUGAGAUAUGCAUCACAUUCAUUUCAGUUUUCUCUAUGUGCGCACCACAACUUCUGCCGAUAUUGAAGAGUCAGUCUGGAUCCUCACCUGUGGGAGAGAGGUUUGUUGAACCGCUGUUGGAAAGUGCAGUGCUGUUGGUGUGGGUCGUGAAGGGGUAAAUGGUGUACCCUUAAGGUUGUGCCCGAAGUGUUCUGCUACUUGUUGUUGGCAAGCUUGGAGGGCAGACUGGAGUUGAGCUUCCUUUAUCACUGUAGCUAUGCGUUGGAUUAUCUCCCUGCAUUCUCUUCCUAGGAGCUUUUUCUACACCUAUAAAGAGCAGAUUUUCCACUCAGUGUUAGUCUGGAGUUGAUUGGUGGAAUCUAAUGGAAGGAUAUAUCUAUGAUGGGAGAAACGCACGAGAGACAGUUUGGAGAUUUGGAGCGAAUGAAGAUGUCUCGUCGGAUAGUGUCAGGUUUCGAAUUUGACAUGCUGCUUCUCUCUUCAGCAAUUGGCUUUCAAAUGUAGAUCUGCUGGUUACUAUUGCAGCUUGUGUGUAAUGUGUACGAGUUAGACAAUUUACUCGUGCUCUUGAAGGGACUCUCUAGUGUUGUGUUGCGAGAGGAUUCUCCUUUAAGGUGGGGUGUAGUAGGAAGAUAAUUUUGUUGUUUAAGAGAGGGAGGUAGUUAGGCUGAAUGUAGAUAUAUUAGCAUCCUCCUCCAUUCCUUUGACUCCGGAACAUAUUAUGUACCUCCAGGCUGUUUUAGGCUUAGAUGCCAAACUUUUAAAUCUGUAGAGCUAUUUACGAGUUGUAUAACUACAAAAUUGGAUCUCGAACUCUGGCUGUUGGCAGGGUGGAGUUUAUGUGCGAUGGUUUUGAUAUACACUCUACUUUCGCACAAACCCGAAGUAUAUGUAUCUGACCAUUCGAUGGAUUUUUAUGUAGAACGUUCGGGUUAAAGGACACACUAUUUUUUUGUACUUUGGGUCAGUAUUAGGAGAAAUAUAGUGCUAACUUGUCUUUCUUACUGAUACUAGUUUUUCACUUCAUUUGGAUCGUGGCAAUAUAUGAUUGUUUUUUCCUUCAAGAUGAGAAUUGUUCUUACCGGUAAAUAGACGGGUUGGAGAGAAAGAGAUUUUACAACGCGU